AUGACUGAAUUCUUCUCUCAGAAGCAGAUUGAUGAAAUUCGUGAAUGUUUCAAUUUCUACGCAACCAGUGGUGUUCUGAAAACAGCUUCCCAACUGAGAUGUGCUCUUCGUAGUCUCGGAUACUCGCCUACUGCAGCCAAGACUCAAGAAUAUUAUAGAAAACAAAAUAAAAAAACGAUUGAAUUUGCCAAUUUUCUGGAUAUUUGUAAAGAUGAACAGAACAGUCCGGAUCCAUUGACCGAGAUAAUCAAAGCAUUGAGUGGAUUGGACAGAAAUAAGACGCGUUCGAUGCCAUCUCGUGAACUUGCUGCAAUUCUAUCACAAGUUGGUGAACGAAUGAGUCCAGAAGAAAUAAAAUAUUUACUUUCAAAAGUUGAAGUGAAUGGAAUGGUUCCACAUCAGGCACUUAUUGAGUAUAUUUCAAAAUAA